GAAGAAGAAGAGGAACUCGUAGCAUAACAACAACAUUGUUAGCAGCAUUAGCUCGCAAAAAAGCGAGGAGACUUUUUUCUUCUUAUUUGGGUCCUAUUAACAGGUACGCUGGAAUUUUCCGACACCCACUCGAAUAUGUCCUAUGUCUUCAUCAACGACUCGUCGCAGACCAGCGUGCCUCUGCUGCAGUCGUGCAUCGAUGGAGACCUGCCCUUCGCCAAGAGGCUGCUAGAGACCGGAUGCGACCCCAACAUCCGCGACAACCGGGGCCGCACCGGCCUCCACUUAGCCGCUGCCAGAGGGAACGUGGAAAUAUGCCGCCUUUUGCACAAGUUCGGGGCCGAUCUGUUGGUGACGGAUUAUCAGGGGAAUACGGCGCUGCACCUGUGCGGCCACGUGGAUACGAUACAGUUCCUGGUGUCCAACGGGCUGAAGAUCGACAUCUGGUACUCUGGAUUCUUCUGAUACUGACUUAAGAGUGUCCCUGAUGUCCAGCAGGCUGACGAUCGACAUCUGGUACGCUGGAUUCUUCUGAUACCCACUCAAAUGUGUCUCUGGUGUCCAGCAGGCUGACGAUCGUCAUCUGUGCGAUGCAGAGCCACUACUUACUGAACCUGAACCUGCAGAGCACUGAGGGCGUCCUGUCCAGCAUCAGGACCACCUGGCAGGAGUUUGGAGGACCUGGGCUUCUGGAGGGUCCUGCUGCUGCUGCUGGUCAUCACCCUCCUCUGCCUGGGCAUGACAUGCUUUAAUACUCAGUUAAUGAGCAGCCUUGUGUACACGCUGCAGUUUGUAGAGCAACACCUGCACUUCAGAGUGAUGGAGAGCUGCUCCCUAAUAAAUCUGCAGAGCAGUGAGGACGUCCAGCUUCAGGACCUCCUGGUAGGAGUUCAUGGAGGACUUCAGCUUCUUGUAGCUGCUCCUGCUGAUAGAUGUCAUUGCUGUCUUCUCCCUCUGCACUGGCUGCUACGUCUUCUUUGUUUCUGCUUUUCUCUUUGUCAUGACUGUGAGUCAGGCAGCUGUGCUGAAAAUAUGAUUGUUCUCCUUAUAAUAAAAGCUGGAAGCUGAAAGGUCCUGCCUGUGCUGAGACACUUUUUCAUGAAUGAUCUUGAAUGAAUGUGUGAAGUUCUCUCUCACUGUUUUCUCUUUUUGUUGAUGUUUGUUGAGCUGAUAGAAACUUCUCCUUUAAAAUUAGCUGCUAAAAAACGUUUCUCCUGUUAUGCUCACUCUGUUUUUGGUUAUCGAUGGUUACAACUUGGUGCAGUAAAGAGGGUGUAUCAUAAGACGGCUCAUUAAUUUGUUUCAUCAAGUCAUCCACGAAAUGAUUUAAAUUAUAGGAGCAGUUCGUCUGGAAACAACAACUGUAAU